AAUUAGAUGCAGGAGGCCACUCCCACUUCACUGAAUUGGGAACAAAUGGGGUCAGCUCCUCUCAUCUCUGAAAUGACUCCCAUUUAUGGCUUUGAGAAACUACCCCCAACCCCACACCACCAAAAAAAAAGAUCCACAGAUCUCUGAGGGAGGUUGCUAAGAAUUCAGCAGGGAGAUGAACAGGAUAAUAGAGGACUUUGUCACAAAGGGCUGACAGCAUGUUUUAGAAUUGCUGGUCUUAACGCUUAAGCUAAACAGUAGAUAAAAAGAGAUUUGUGCCUACUUCCUCGUGAUAGUCUCUUUAGAAAGACUAAAGAGACUAAAUAUGGAAGAAGGAAGAUGCUCCCAUCUGUAAGAAUUUACUUUUGGCAUCCUGGUGGAUUAAAGGUUUGGAGGACACAUGACAAAGGCUUUUCAUAUGAAGAACCAAGUCUGACCCUUCAGUAGUGGCUGCCUAGAGAGGCUGUGUUAAGAAUGAUUCUGAAGCCAGAGAAAGCCUCAACCUGAUUGGCUGAUGGCUGCCCUGGCUGUACACCUGGGGAGAAGUGAGACACCUGGCAUGUAUUUGGCCAUCUCUGGAGUAAGAAUCUGCACACAACAGACCUCUGUUGGCUGAAGGGUGUUUAUUUUCGUUUUUUAAAACUCCUUCCCAUACAUACCUUUAAUCCAGUAUAGGAUAUGCUAUACUUUUUGAGUUACUCUGAGAUAAAAUGCUGAACAUAUGAUGACAAGUUAAAGAGGUAGCUGUCUAGUCGCUGAACUCCAGGGGAAAGGUGAAGGACAAAUUUAAGUCCUGAAAUAAGCAUUUGAGUAGGGAAGAGAUAGUUGGAAUUAGAGCAAGUAUGAUUUGGUUUCAUAUUGUAUAGGAGACCCAGCUCAAUGACACCAAGAGAGUUCUGGGUCCUGUGUGCCUGGACUUGCAGAUGCAAAGGUUGUUGUGGAUUUGAAAUAGAGAAUUCCCUCAUUAUCUCAUUUGAAGUGAUAGGCAGUGAAGUGUGAAAGUAGAGCUUGCUGCAGUAUGCUUAGCAAAUCGUAAUUGGAAACUGGAGAUCUACCACAUUGGUAGGAAGAGGGAUGAUGUGUGUGUGGAAGAAAUAGGAGAGCUGAAUUGGUGGCAGGAGAGGGAAGGACAAGCAAGGCCAGAUUCCAGUCUUUGCCCUUUUUGUUGAGGGUGUGUUUUCCCUGAAAGAGCAUCAAGGACUAUCAGUAAAACUUGAACUGUCAUCUUGAAAAUUCCUUUUGCCUAGUAACUUCUCUUUUUGUCAAGCAAACAAAUAAAAGGUUGCCCUAAUAUUAUCAAUUCUCAGACUUUCCCUUGCCGGAAGUACAUUACAUUGUUCAACAUAGAUUCCUAUCUCACAAAUAAUGUGUUUUUAAAGGUCCUAUUGCUGUACUUGGAGUCAUAAAUGAUGACUUGUUUUUGCUGUUAAAUGAGGACACCUGUUUGUGCUUUCUCUAAUUUGGAUAGCACAGUAAGGCAGCUUUGCAAAGGAAUUUUGCAUUUCUCACAAGAUACCUUAUAUAGCUAUAAGUCACAGUUUUGUUUUACUUUUCCCCCAGUAUAGGGAAUCGGAGAAGAAAGAAAGAAACUAAAGGUGAACCAGACUCAAUUAAAGUGAAUUGGGUACCUCAAUUCUGGAUUUCUGCUAUAUUCACUUUAAUGGCAAUAUUUAACUAUUACUUAUAUAUUCUCAAUAGUUCUGGGGUUUGGUCAAACAUGUUACAGAAUUUGAGAUGCAGUCAAGUUAGGUAUGAAAAACAGAAAUCUAACUUGAGAAUAUCUUUGUCUAAGACUAAUUGAAAGGUGAUUUUAAAUGAAAAAUUCAUAAACAUUUAGUGAUAUCUGUAUAUUCUAUAUCAUCUCAACAUAAAAGUUAAUGACAAAAUUAUAGUUCUAGUUUACAUUAAUAUAUAAGAAGGUUCUGAAAGUUGCAAACAAUAUGUAGAAACAAAUGAUACACCUAAGUUGAGAUCCUUCAGUAUUAGAAUAUACUGUUUUCCUGUACUGAUGCAGGAAAAAAAGAAAUGCCAUUCAUUUCCUGCUUUGACUUGUCCUUCGGAAGGCGGGAUAGUUGCACAGAAUGACUCAUUUCCCUCACGACCCAGAAGUUGCCAUUCUAAUGAGAAAUGGCAUGUGUGGAAAGCAAAUUAGUAAAUAUUAAAGUUUUAGUCCUAGGAAAUUGAGACUCUUCAUUAAAUUGGACAGCCCUGUGAAUGUUAGAGUUACUCAUCUUAAAAUGUACAUUGGAUUAGAUGUGAUUAAUAUUCCAUUUGUUAAAGGUAGAUAAAGGUGUCUCAACCUGACACAUUUCCUUUCCAUGAGUUUUAAAUGAGAACCUGAGUUCAUUUUAUUGAUACUAUUAUAAAAGGAAUUCGUUUACAUGAUGAUUUGGUUCAUGAGCCUAAAGGGUUGAUUUAGAGAAGGUUUUUAUUUGAUUGUUGAAUCAUAAAGAGACAGGCUUUUGGGUGCCAGCCUCAUCAUCUGGCUUAUACAUGAUUUUUCUUUGUUCCUCAGUCUUUUCACACAUGAAAGAAAUGUAUCAGCAGUAGCUCUGAGGUGCAAAAAUAAAUGCAUUUGCCUUUUGGGGUAAAAUAUUUGAAUUGUAAAACACUAGUACAUUAUUCUUAUUUUAAUUAAAUGAGGAAAACAGAUCCAAAAUGAUUUUAGGAGCUUAAUUAGGGUAAAUUGGUCAGGCAGCUUAGAAUUCAAAUUCAUGAUUCUUUUCUACUCUAUUUAUUGGAUGGUAAUUUAUGCAUAUACAGAUAAAUUUAGUGCACUUUAAAAUGCACUUUAAAAAUUCUGUGUUAAGAUCUUGUUUUUUAUGAAUCAGAUGUUGUAAGCCACAGCAGUCCAUGGGCCUAUUUUGGCCCACAGAGAUGUUUUGUCUGCUUAUAGAAAGCAUUGAUUUUUCUUUUUAGUUGCCCACCUGUAAAAACUACAAAGAUUUCACCUACAAAUCUAGACUUCCAGUUACUCUUGAAAAAUCAGAAGAUCCAGCAAUAUUAGGUCUUUAUCCCCACAUAGCAAUUGCUACUAGAGCUGAGUAACUGCCCGCUUUAAAUAAUCCAUGAGCCCAACACCAAUGGCCUCUAUCUACCUGACAAAAGCAUUUGAGUAUGAGGCCCCCAUUACUACAAAGCAGGCUUCUCUCUGUUGGCCUAGAUGAGAAAAUUUUUAAACAACAAUUUAAACAUUAUUAAGUGGUAUUUGUAUUUAAAGAGAUUAGGUACACAAACAAAACUUAGGGCACCGCUACCUUGAACUUUCUUUUAGUAAGAAGUGAGUUCUACCUUUUCUUCUUUCCUUUAAGUUUGUCCAAAGAUGCAUUUGCAAAGGGAUGACCAAGACCAGUGCAAAACCAGCCCGCCCUGCCCUAAUACACACAUCACACGCUUAUUCCAACAACUUCUCUAAUUAAAGGUCUCAAACAGCUCAUGAGAUUCCCAAAGCCAAUUAAACAAUGCCCAUCCUUGUACCGCCCAGUAGAUUGGGGAGUAGUUUGGCGAACGCUGUGAUUGAUAUGAAAAGUAGUAACGUAUUUUUAAGCACUUUUAGGACUGUUGUUACUCUGUGAGGCACAAGCUUUCAACAGAGUGGCCUUUUAUCCUCUGUGCUUUUGGAGUGUGAGAACACCAUGGAGGCUACAUGCACCACAGCGUUCCUGUGGGCUGAGACUCAAGGCCGGGAGAAGAGGGUGGCAGCGGGGGAGUGACAGCCCAGGGAGGAGGGGGAGUUGGCAGCUGUCAUCUGAAUAGCAAUUCCCUCUCCCAUUAUCCUCCUGCCCCAACGCUCCAUCUAUUUAUAUUCAUGGUUUCCAUCACUGCAUAGCACCAAGGCCAGCUUCCUUUGCACAUUUCAUUUCCUUGUCUGUCUUGGAAUUUCAUUUUGAUUUACUAAGAAUCACUGGACUGCUUCAGGAAAAAAAAAAUCAGCUAGUAGAAAUUGGAGCUAGUUGGUAGAGAAUCUGCUGGGAGGAAUUUAUUUAAAUACAAGAAGUUAAAGCCAAAUCUAUAUGGAAGGAACAUGAGGUUCCCUUGGAGAUCAUUCAAGAGGAAGGUGGAACGGGCUAUUUAAAAGAGAUUAAAAGUUGUAGACUGCAAGACUGGGGCCUGAGGGCUGGCAGUGGAAAACCCUGUUGGGUUGCGAUCUCUCACUGAAAAGUUCCAGGUGCCUUUUUGAUUCCUGCAAAAGAAAGGAAGCAAAGGAGAAGACCAUGUCCAUAGCCCUGAAACAGGUAUUUAAUAAGGACAAGACCUUCCGGCCCAAGAGGAAAUUUGAACCCGGUACGCAGAGGUUUGAGCUACACAAACGGGCUCAGGCGUCCCUCAACUCAGGUGUGGACCUGAAGGCAGCCGUGCAGCUGCCCAGCGGGGAGGACCAGAAUGACUGGGUGGCUGUACACGUAGUGGACUUCUUCAAUCGGAUCAACCUCAUCUAUGGCACCAUCUGUGAGUUCUGCACCGAGCGGACCUGCCCUGUGAUGUCAGGGGGCCCCAAAUAUGAGUAUCGGUGGCAGGAUGACCUCAAGUAUAAGAAGCCGACAGCAUUGCCAGCUCCGCAGUACAUGAACCUUCUUAUGGAUUGGAUCGAGGUUCAGAUCAACAAUGAGGACAUAUUUCCAACAUGUGUGGGUGUUCCCUUCCCAAGGAACUUCCUUCAGAUCUGCAAGAAGAUCUUGUGCCGCCUUUUCCGGGUCUUUGUCCAUGUCUACAUCCACCACUUCGACCGCGUCAUUGUGAUGGGUGCAGAGGCCCAUGUCAACACCUGCUACAAACACUUCUAUUACUUCGUCACAGAGAUGAACCUCAUAGACCGCAAGGAGCUAGAGCCCUUGAAAGAGAUGACGAGCAGAAUGUGUCACUGAUGCUCCAUCAUGCCCUUUGGAAGAAAGGAAAGCUGUUUCCUCCUGGAGCCGUGUGGGCAGGGGGUAGACCUCCCUGGCUGAAAUGGCGCAGCAGGGGUGGAGGCAAGCUGUCACUCCUGAGGGACGCUCCCCACUCACUUCGUGUGCUCUUAACCCUCUGAGUGCUGCUAGCCCAGACCUGUGGACCAGGCAGACCACACCGUGAAAGAAGGACCCGCCCCUUGACGCUUCUGGCUCAGAACGUCAGGAGGAAGCCUCUGCACUUCCAUGCAUGUCACAGUUCUGCCUGUGACCUGCCGCCUAAGCUUUACUGGAAUUCAGGUUUUGAGACUGAGAUGCUUAUUUGUACUUUUCCACUUUUCUGUCUUGUCAGCUGGCCGACUUUUCUGUAAUUGGUUUUCUAAGUACCAAGUGAAUUUUGGAACUCUGGAUGCCCUGCAAGUUUUUCUGCAACAAGCCGCCUUUUCAGGUCUCUGGAAGCUCCCUCUCUGAUCCUGUGGUUUAACACUGUGCAGGGCUGUGGAGCUCUGAGAGAUCCAAAGUCCCCCAUUAGCCCCCAGCAGCAUCUGUACAAUUUCCCCAAGAAGUAGUUUUAUCAGGGACCCCUCCAUGACGUGGCUUGUCUCUGCCCCAAACAGGGUCUUCAUGUUCUAACUACAGGGAAGAGACUGGUCACUAGCUUAAAGCUAACAAGUCACCAGUUCGCCUGAUCAGAAUGUAUUUUUUAUAAUCACCGUCAUUCCUUGUCUCUUCAGUUGAAGAUACUCUUUCCUCUUUCCCAAAGAGAGAAAUAAAAAGGAAGUUUUAAAUGACUAAGAAUGAUCAGCAGGAACCCUGAGCCAGAUUAGUGCAGUGUUUGUUCUUUAUGAAAGGUCGGGGAGUCGUGGCUGUCUCUACAUGAUACUAACAUUUCAGUGAAAAAAAUUAAAGCGCAUCUGGUUAUUUGGUGCAUGUAGAUUUAACACCCAGCCCAUUGACUUGUAACCUUCCCAACUGGCCCCUCUGAGCCUCUAAACCCAGCAGAUGUUUUCUUCCUCCUCCACACUCCCCCGCCUCUGUCUUGUUAUAUUAUGCCACAGAAUUAAUUUCUGCCCCUGUGAUUGUGCCACGGUUGCCAAGGUAACAGUGGAGCUGGAGCUAACUUCCUUCUUCCAUCCUUUCCAAUUUAUCUAUUGCAAAAGACAGUCAGGAUAAUGCAUUCUGUACCACAUCCUGCCUUUUGAAACCUAAAUGAGUUUUAGUUGAUGAAAUGUUGCCUUCUCUGAUUCAUUCACAAAACUGUGGUGGUUCUUACAGCCUGUGACUAGGGGGUCAUAACACUUCCAGUGAUCAUUUGAAUUUAACAAAAUAUCAGUUGGUGGAGGGAAGUAGGUAAGAAUGUAUUAGUGCAUUUUAAUGUAAUAACGAUUAAAGAUUAACUGAACAACUCUGA